ACAAGGAUUGGGAUCUCCACCACAAAACACAAAAAUGGAAAACAGAAAAUGAGACAGUCAGACAGACAACAGUCGAAAGGGAAAACUAAGAAAAACGAGGAUCGGGAUCCUAAAAACAAAAAGGAACAUCCUCGCCGGAAGUAUGAGUGAAGAAGCUGACCAUGACCAUCGGCCUCUCGUCCUGAUGCACCGCCUCCCCUCCUUCGCUCUACCAUUUAGGGACCGCUUGCACAGCCACUUCCGCGUCCUCGACCCGCACGCCUCCACCACCGCCGACGAGACACCUCAGGCCUUCCUGUCCCGCCACGCCGCAUCCGUACGGGCCCUCAUCACCGUAGGUCCGAGCCCAGUGGCGGUCGACUUGCUCGAUCUCCUUCCCUCCCUUCAGCUCGUGGUGGGGUCCAGCGCCGGCGUCGACCACAUCGACGUCGCCGAGUGCCACCGCCGUGGCAUCGCUGUCACCAACGCCGGAAAUGCAUUCUCCGAGGAUGUUGCCGACUAUGCCGUCGCCCUGUUGCUCGAUGUUCUGCGCCGAGUAUCGGCCGGUAACAGGUUCGUUCGGUCCGGGUUGUGGCCUCAAAAGGGGGAGUACCCACUUGGCUCUAAGUUGGGAGGAAAGCGAGUUGGUAUCGUGGGGCUGGGAAGUAUUGGCUCAGAAGUUGCAAAAAGGCUUGUGGGAUUCAGCUGCAGGGUUGCGUACAACUCAAGGAACAAAAAGCCAUCUGCACCCUACCCUUACUAUGAUAAUGUCUGUGACCUAGCUGUUAAUAGUGAUGUUCUUGUUGUUUGUUGUGCGCUGACAGAUAAAACUCACCAUAUAAUCAACAAAGAUGUCUUGACAGCAUUGGGAAGGGAUGGGGUUCUGAUUAAUGUUGGACGUGGUGCUCUUGUUGAUGAGAAGGAAUUGGUGCAAUAUUUGGGCCGAGGGGAGAUUGGCGGUGCUGGUUUUGAUGUGUUUGAGAAGGAGCCCGAGGUGCCAAAGGAGCUAUUUGCCAUGGAUAAUGUUGUCUUGUCUCCACAUCGUGCUGUCCUAACACCAGAAUCCUUCGAAGCCGUGUUUGAGGUGAUCAUGGCCAACUUGAAGGCUUUCUUUUCAAAUAAACCUUUGCUCUCUCCUGUCCAGCAUGAAUGAAAGUAUUACUCACAUAUGGAAGUGUAAUUGGAUGGUUUCCAACAAUAAAAAAGCUCCCAAGGGCUAAAUUCAAUCUAUUAUAAAAUCCUUAAAAGGCGGUAAGUUGAAAUUCUUUCUCGACUUCUUGUGUAUGACAUUAUUUAGGCUCAUUUUCAAGGCACAAGAUUGAAAUAAGCACAGAUUGGGCUAGUUGUUCAGAUAGCUGCUGGCAAAAUGUUGCAAGUUUGACAUCAAACUUCUGAUUUGUAGAGGCGAUGGACCAUAUUAAUCAAUCAUAGAGGAUGCUACUGCUGCAAAUUGAAGUUUGUGAGACCACAAAGAAGAUUGUUGUGGCAUUCUUUGCCACUAAAAUCUUAUGAAACCUCAUAAAACUUUCAUAGUCCAUUGCUCAACUGUUAAAUUGAAGGAGAGCCAAUUGAUGCAUGUGAUUGGAGUUUGAUGAUGGCUACCAAGGGACUGACAAGAAGAGUGGUAAUACAGGAUCCUCUCCGUAUCAAGAUUUUGUUUGAUUAUAUUCAAAAGUACAUACGGUGUCGCAUCAUUUAAAAUUUUUAAAUAAUGUGUGAAUGUUGAUUACGUGGAAUCUUGUCAUAAAGCUUGAAAAUACAAAUAUAUUUCAAGAGUUCAUGCA